GCAGCGCCGUGCGGGCCGUGCUGCGGGAGCGGGGCGGCGGCGGCGGAGCUCGCGGGCAGGGCUGAGGAGGGGGAGGCUGCCCGUCCGCCGAGCGCAAGGCUGCGGUGCGGCCCGCCUGGGUCACGGCGCUUCGUGAGGCCGCGCGGCUGCUGCUCACGGCCUGAGGGCGGCGGGCGCCGUCCCUGCGCUCGGGUUUGUGCGCUGGCAGUGACACCUUCGCACCGAGCCGGGCAGGAAGGGGCCAGCGGCACACACCUAGGAAACCUGGUGCUUUCUUGUUCGCCUCUGCAGCUGGGCUACAGCAGCGCUUGCGAGCCAGGCCCCAACGGCAGACUCCGGCAGCGCGUUGCUAGAUCAUUAUUGGCUUCGACGGUGAACAGAGUGAAACAAUAUGCUACUACCACAGCUGACUUCUCAGCUACUGAGGGCUUCACGAAUUGCAGGCCAGCUUUUGCCAAGGUCAGUGUCUUCCUUCCUUUGCUAUCAUCCUACAUCUGCACGCUAUAGCACACAGCCCUCUAACAACAGUGGAGCCCAACCUCAGCGCUGGUAUUCCCUGGAUCCUGAGCUGGAAGAGGUGCUGAUCCCCAGAAAACUUUCCAUCAGCCCCUUAGAAAGUUGGCUGACGGUUCGUUACUCCCUUCCCAAAGCAGAGGUCCCUGAUGUUCAGGAGGAGGUGGGCCAUGAACCUCUCCAGCGAUAUGACUGUCCCUCGACUGAUGAGGGAGCUGAUGUGGGGGAGGGAGAAGGGACAGUUACCAACAAGAUUCAGUGUAAGAACGUUUUGAAGAUUCGUAGAAGGAAAAUGAACCGGCACAAGUACAAAAAGCUGCUGAAGCGAAGGAAGUUUGUUCGGAGGAGGAUCAAGGAAGGUCGCAAGAAGAAACGUCAGGCAAAAUUUGAGAAGGAUUUGGAGCGCAUCUGGAGAAGAGCUGGCUUGAAAGGUCCUCCUGCAGGAUGGCAGACACCCAAGAUCUUUCUGAAAAGUUCAAAAAGAUAGAAACACUUGUCAUGGGUUUAACCCACAGUUGUAAUUAAAGAAAAAUAUUUAAGUA